GAGAGAGAGCGCGAGCGUCCUGAGAAAGAGAAAAGGGGGAAAGUAAAGACAGAUAGGGGAGAAAGGAAAGAAAAAGAGGGAGACAGAAAGAGAGAGAGUUCUGGUGUUAGGAUCAGAAGCGUUAAAUAAUCGGAUCGUGUCUGGUUUUAAGGAGAAGCUUCAGCGCGGAAAGUUCCCGGAGCUCGUUCACCCGGACACUCUGUCUGUCUGUCGGUUUGUUUGUUUGUGUAUUUGUUUGUCUGUUAUUUAAAGCACCCUUGCAUACUUAAGGGACACAGCUGAAGAAAGAGAAGGGGGGAAAAACAAGUUGUUUAGUCGUGCACUGGACCCUGGACAUGUCUCCAUGGAGCCCGAGGACGAGAUUUCUUCCAGUUGUCUUUUGGACGCACAUUACCGCGACGUCCGCGAGAAAAUAACACCGAAUCCAGUCCACAUUUCCUCUGCCAACGCUUGGGACAACCUGCGUUUUGUCGGAUUUAUUUUUCAAACCUUCAUUAUCGCGAUUUCUGUUCGGAUAUCGGGGGAGAACCGGCCGCGCGCGUGUGCACACAUUCACAUCUCGUUUUCAACCUUUUAAGGACAAGAACAAGCUUUUGGACUCGGACGCAAGUCUGGCUCUGGUCAACAUCAAGAGUUUCCUGCAAUCUUUUUAGAAACAUUCUUUUGAGUCAAAACGCAAAACAAACCAACAAACAACAAAACUUUGUGUGCGCGCGCGGACUUGUGUGAAAGGUGCGAAACCGGGAUAUUUUGUUUACUUUUUUUUUUUUUAGGGUUGUUGAUUUUUUUUGUUUGUUUUUGCUUCAUGCACUGAUGCAUUUCUUGCAUCCAGACAAUGCAAUGGAGGACAAAUAAUAAUAAUAAUAAUUAAAAAAACAAAUAAAUAACAAACAAACCAACCUGAGUCAGAAUCGUGGAGAGAUUCGAUCAGAUCCUGAUAGUGGAAACAAAAUGGCGGCGGCGGCCCCGGGACACAUUUCUACUAUAUAUUAUUAUGUUUUUUACUCCUUGGCAACAGUGGGACUCUUCCUCGCGCACGGCUCGUGCACGGAUUCGCCGUGUUCGCUCACCUGCACGUGCACUUCGGACACGGCCGACUGCAGCCAACGGAAAUUAACCGACAUCCCGCGAGACCUGCCGAAUCGCACCGUCUAUCUAAACCUGAGCCACAACAUGCUGACGGAGGUCGAUACGGACAUCCUCUCCAAUCUACCCAACCUUAAAGAAGUGAGACUGGACCACAAUGAGCUGACAUCAAUCCCCGAGUUUGGCAGCGCCUCGCCGGCCAUCGUCACUCUCCAUCUGCACCAUAAUAAGAUCAGCAGCGUGCAGGGCAGCCGUCUCCGAAACCUCACCCACCUGGAGACUCUGGACCUGAGUAAUAAUGACAUCAUCGAUGUGAGAGAACACUGCUUCCCCCGCGGCCUCCGUGUCCGAGAGCUGUCGCUCAGCGGUAAUAAAAUUGUACACCUGGAGUUUGGCGCGUUCAGGAACCUGAACGAAACUCUACAGGUCCUGAGGCUCAGCAGGAACCGGCUCACCCAGCUGCCUGUCAAAGGCCUCGAGCUUCCCAGACUAACGCAGCUGGACCUGAGCAGGAACCGGCUGCGCUUGAUCGAAGGCCUGACCUUUCAGGGUCUCUCCAACCUGGAGGUGUUAAAGCUCCAGAGGAACAACAUCAGCAAGCUCACAGAUGGAGCGUUCUUCGGCCUGGCGCGCAUGAGAACCCUCCAUUUGGACUAUAACAGUCUGAAAGAGGUGAACAGUGGCUCUCUGUACGGCCUCCAGUCUUUGCUACACCUCCACUUGUCCAACAACUCCAUCGCGAGCUUCAACCCCGAGGGAUGGCGCUUCUGCGAGAGGCUGCGAGAGCUGCAUCUGGGCCAUAACAAUUUGACGAAGCUGGCCGAGGGCAGUUUUGUUAAGUUAGCCAACUUACAGACUCUUCAGCUGAGCCACAACUCCAUCAGCUAUAUCGCAGAGGGAGCCUUCAGAGGUCUCAGCUCCUUACGCUUACUGGAACUCGAGCACAAUGACAUUUCUGGAACAAUCGAGGACACCAGCGGUGCCUUUGCCGGCCUGAGGAAACUCCGGAAGCUGACGCUGUUCGGAAACAAGAUCAAGUCAGUGGCCAAGAAAGCCUUCUCUGGCCUGGAAGCCCUGGAGCACCUAAACCUGGGCGGAAAUGCCAUCCUCUCCAUUCUACCAGACGCCUUCAACAAUAUGAAGAACCUCCGCACGCUCGAGAUCUCGAGCGACAGAUUCCUGUGCGAUUGCCAGCUGCACUGGUUUCCUGACUGGGUGGUGGCGCAAGAGCUUCAGUCUGGCGUCCACGCCACGUGCGCACACCCCGAGAGCCUGAAUGGAACCAGCAUCUUCCAGGCUCCAGCGCAGAGCUUCGUUUGUGAAGACCUGCCCAAACCUCAGAUCACGGUUCACCCGACACCCACAGCCGGUGUGUUGGGAAAAGACGUGCGUCUGACGUGCAUGGCGGUCAGCAGCAGCAGCUCCCCCAUGACCUUCACGUGGCGGAAAGACCAGGAGCCGCUGCCUCAUGCCCACGUGGAGAACUUCGCCCACUCCUCCUCCAGAGACGGAGCAGGCAUCAUGGAGUACACGACCGUCCUCCAUCUGCGCAACGUCAAGUUCGAGGACGAGGGUCGCUACCAGUGCGUCAUCUCCAAUCACUUCGGCUCCACCUACUCCAACAAGGCACGCCUCAGCAUUAGCGUGCUGCCUUCCUUUGUGAAAACCCCACGUGACCUCACCAUCCGGGCUGGCGCGAAAGCUCGUCUGGAGUGUGCUGCGAAAGGUUAUCCGCCUCCGCAGGUCGCUUGGCAGAAGGACGGAGGCACGGAUUUCCCGGCAGCCCGCGAGCGGCGCAUGGAGGUGAUGCCUGAUGACGACGUGUUCUUCAUAAUGCACGUGAAGCCAGAGGACAUGGGCGUGUACAGCUGCACGGCAAAAAACACAGCAGGAAUGAUCUCCGCCAACGUCACGCUCACAGUGCUGGAAAUGCCCCACUUGCUGCAGGAGAUGGAGGACCGGAGUGUGGCGCUAGGCGAGGCAGUCGCGCUCCAGUGUAAAGCCAUGGGUAGCCCCCCUCCUCGUAUCACGUGGCUGCACGGCGGUGAGCCGCUGCAACCUAGCGAGCGCCACCACUUCACCCACGCCAACCAGCUCCUCGUGAUCAGCAGCACCACGCUGGAGGACGCCGGCCGCUACACAUGCGUCAUGUCAAACCCACUGGGCACCGAGCGCGCCCAGUCCAGCCUGACCGUCAUCUCGCUACCUGGUGCCAACUGCCACCUGAACGCCAGCUCAGGGGCGGUCACCAUUGGCAUUGUCGUGAUCGCCGUGGUGACGAGCGUUGUGGCAACCUCUUUGGUGUGGGUGUGCAUCAUCUACCAGACGAGGAAGAAGAGUGAGGAGUGCAGCGUCAACACCGAUGAGACCAUCGUUCCUCCUGAUGUCCCAAGCUACCUGUCCUCACAAGGGACGCUGUCUGAGAGGCAAGACGUGUGCAUAAGAGUGGAGUCCAGCGCAGGAUCCCAGCCAGGCGGCCACACGCACAGUAACGGUGGGUUUGACGUCCCAGUCCUGUGUACUGACUGCAUGGAAAACGGUAACAGUUACUCCAGGCCACCAGACUACUUCUGCCAGGGCAUCGUGCCCCCUCCAGGCAUGGAGUACCAACAGAUUCCACCGACGUCGACCUUCGCUAGCCACAAGCCACCCGAGGGACAAUGUAACGGCACUCCCAGCGUCAGGAAGGAGGCGACGCCGACGUCGCACAAGAAACACGGCGAUAGAAAAGGAUCCGUGGCCAGCAGGACGGGAACCUCAUCUCCGAGCGAGAGCCAGCAUCGCCCUAUAAAGACGAGCUCCACUUCUUCUUCCUGCACGGACGCUGAGCUCACAAAGACUCUCUUACCCAACGGCCACACGCACUCGAGCGAGACCGCCCCCCUCAGGCGGGCUAGCGACUAGCACCUCGCGGAGUACCAAGCGAAAAGAAAAAAACUUUCGUAUUUGCUAUAUCCUGUUUGCACUGUGAACUGCUACCUCACACUGAGGGGCGCACGUGGAGCUCGUCCCGCGUCCGAUCGCGGAGUCUAGGCGUCCGGGUUUGAAGGCGAAGCUUGAAUAAGGGGCCGUCCGUGCCCCGGUCCGAGCGUUACACCUGUACAUAGUGUUUUAAAUCCUCCUAAGGGAGGCUUCGUUCACCGCUGCAAAAUUAUUAAAAAAUAAUAAUAAUGUGACUUGCAUUUGAAGCAUGUUAAUGUAGGGAGAAUAUUGUAUGAUACAACAGAGUGCUAUAAUGUUGGACUUUAAAUUGUACAUAAGAGUUUUCCUAUAUAUAGAUAUAUAGAUAUAUAUAUCUAUAUCUAUAUUAUUAUUAUUAUAUAACUUUUACAGAGGAGUAUUUGAAUCUAUUCUGUGCAUGGUCCGAUCAGAGUGAUGCUAUUUUUCCCUGUCUUUUUAUAAACCUCCCAGCCCCGGUGCCUUACAGCAUGAACAAAGAGUCUGUCGUCCAUGUCUCAGGAGCCGAGACUCUUUUCUACUUUGGCGAAACGGAAACGUUUUUCCCGCACUUGAAUCUGAGAUAGACGCUACAAUCUUCAGCUACGGCCUUAACGAUGCAGUUUGCUGGUGACACUGUUUAGGCGCAGUACGGUACGAUAAGCUCAAGGGCGAGGAAGUAGGGGGAGGGGAGACGAAACGCAAAUCAGCACUUUGGUAGGAAUAAGAGGAGAUCUGACAGAAAUUUAACUGCGUGUUACAUAGGAAGGUUUCGUACGUUUUACGCUAGGGUUAAAUACAUAAACGUUUAAGCAGCCGGUUUCACCAUUCCGGCAGGUGAGACCUACUGACUGUAGAGGAUAAAACUGUGAUUUAAAAAAAAAAAAUUUUUUAUCGUUUGCACAGCCUUAAAUCUUAGGAGGUAGGGUGUGGGGAAAAGGAAAUAUUCAGCUCUUCCGUUUGCUAAAGGUACACCAAAUGCUAGCAGUCACCCGGUCGUCUGUCUAAACUGUACGGUUCUGGUUUAAUUUGUUUGUUUGCUUUUUUAAAAUCAGUUACACUUUUGACACUUCUGAGAAAAUAAAAGUACCUAAAUCAUUGGGGAAAGAAAAAAAUACAAAACACAACACACUGUGAGAAAUAUCUUAGCGCAUGACAAAAGGGAUAAAGAUAAACAUUACUUACACGAGGAAAGGGCAUCAUUAUCUGUCUUAGCCGGUGUUUCAAUGUCUACACACAGGGAACGGCCAGUAUCUACAGUAAACACCAUUAGAUAAUGCUACGUCAACGUUACUAAACGCCUCAUUAGCUAAUGCUAACUCUAGCCUCUUUAAACCAAAUAACAGGUACUGAGCAAAUAACUGAAACCUCUGAGGCUUUUUAAGCCUACUCAUUUUGCUUGUUUGUUUUUUAUUUUCUACAGAAACCAAACUGAGGGAAUCACUUUCUGUUUUCUGCGUCAGAGCUAGUUAGCGCUCUAGGUUACAGCAUGUCUGUCUCUCUGUUACCCGACUAACUAGUCUAGUCUACAAAGCUACAGCAGCGUUUCACUAACCAGCUAACUCAGAACGAAAAGGUUUUACCAUAGCUCGUGUGGCGUAGCCGACUUAUUGACCUCCCUUCCUUUUUUUCCGGAUUAAUUUAUUGAACGACUGUACAUUUGCAGUGCUGAGAAUGUUGACGCGUGGCAAGUUGACAUGUCUAUUAAAAUCACAGUCUUGCUCUUUGA